AUGUUGGUAUUUUCUUUUUCCAAAUGGCGGGAAUGGUUUUGGCGAGGAAAGAGAAAAUGCGUGUACCCCCUUGAUUACUUUCAAAACCGGGUAAUGAGUAUUGACAAGAGGUUCAACAGAAAUGAUUAUUUAUUUUAUGCUCUAUCCAUUGUUGAAUAUUUUCGUGCAAAAUCAAGCGUAUCUGUGCCAUGUAGGAUGCGACAAGGUCAUGGAGAGCAAACACCACAGGGACUUGUAGAUAAUAUGCAUCUCACUAUGAGAAGUAUUCGAGGAUCGGCAUCAUAUUGGCAGAAAUGUUGCUCUGAAUUGAUUGCCAUGGUUAGAACUUUAGGGCCUCCCACAUGGUUUUUAACAUUUUCCUGCAAUGAUUUAAAUUGGCCAGACAUGAUAAAAGCCUUGCUUAUCGCUGAUGGACGUGAUAUCGAUGACGUCGAUCGCCUGUUAUUCCCGGAGCGCUUGAACGUAGUGCAAAAACAUCCGGUAGUGUUAGCACGACAGUUCACAGUACGUGUUAACGCUCUCAUGCGAUUCUUAAAGAGAAAUAAAGAUUGCUUGGGUGGUCUUAUUGAAGAUUUUUGGUACCGAGUGGAGUUUCAAAACCGCGGUAGCCCACAUCUGCAUAUGUUAGUCUGGUGUAGUAAUGUUCCGAAUUUCACCACUCCAGAAGGAGUUGCUGUAAUUGAAAGGGUGGUUUCAUGUUCAUUAACUCCUAAUGACCUUGUGUUGCGCAAAUUAGUUGAGGAUUUACCGAUUCAUAAACACACUGCGACAUGCAAAAAAAAUCGCCAAACUGAUGGUUGUCGAUUUGAUUUUCCAAAGCCAGCAAGUGUUAACACCGUUUGUCUUGGACCAGAUGAAGCACUUGCUAACAAUGGACGAUUUUGUAUAUUGAAACGAACCUCAAAUGAAACCAUGGUAAACAAUUACAAUGCAGUUCUUUUAAAUCUAUGGAAGGGAAAUAUUGACGUGCAACCGUGUGGUAAUGUCACCGCUGUGGCCUACUACGUCGCAAAAUAUGCCAGUAAAUGCGAACCACAUGACACAGGUGAUGUAAUUCGAGAAGCUAUUUCGAAUGCUAAGAGACAAGGUGGUGAUGUUUGGAAACAAUUGUUUUCAAUAUCAAUGACUAUUUUAAAUAAACGCUUGGUGAGUGCGCCCGAAUGCGCUUACAGAUUAUGCCAUUUGCCAUUGAAAAUGUCGUCGCGAAAGACUGUUUUUGUGAAUAGUUGCAGGCCGGAGGAACGUUACAGACUCCUGAGAUUUGAUAGUGAUGAAACCAGUAUUUACAAUAAUAUUUUUGAUCGUUAUGUAUUACGCCCAAACGAGCUGGAGAAUUUAAGCCUUGCGGAAUUUGCCGUCCGUUUUGAAACCGUCUCUAACACGACAUGGUCAGAGGACAAUGGGGAUGCGGAACUGAGAGACGAAGAUAUUACGCCAGAGAGGUAUAUCAGAUUGCAGGACAAUACGAGAUUGCGUGUAAGAAAUAGACCGGCAGUGUUACGUACCCGCUAUUAUACAAUUAAUAGUGACAAAGAAGCAUAUUAUUACAGUUUAUUAGUAUGCCAUAUACCAUUUCGUAAUGAAGGCGAAUUACUUUUCGAAAAUGAAACCGCUGAAGACUGUUUUAUAAGACGAAAAGGGGAUCUUCGCCCGUUACAGGGUGACAUCAGUUCAGAACAAAUUGGUCAUGCCGAAUUAAUUAUUCAACAAGCUGUUGCGCAAGCUACCGUGCUUAAUGUUGCGCGUGAAACCGAUAUAGGCAAUGCUUCCAUGUUAUGUGUUGGUGAAAAAAAUUUUACAUGA